GACUUGUGCUGGGUUGUGUUUUCGUCUGACAUGAGGUAAAGCUGCUAGGUGUCUCUGUAACUCAGAGAUGUGCUGACAUACGCUGCCUGAAGUGUACUAACCGCACACACGGACCACGGAUGCGUCUGAAGGAUGAGCACCAAGUCGAGUGCUGGAAAAGUUCGGAAUGCAGACAGUAACCCCUGUAUAGAGGAGAGUGAUGGUUCUCAAAGGUGCCUGGAAGUGUAUAACUAUGAUAAAGCCAUGUGCUCUGCAUACUUCUUGAAGUAUAAGAAUUGCAGGAAGUACUGGCAUACUGUGAUGCUACAACGCAGGCGUGAAGGUAUAAAGCCUGAUAUGCCUACAGCUCGAGAGAGGGAAGAAAUUCUAACUUCUCUGGGAGGGAAACCUUACUGAAACCAACUGACUUUUAAUAGCAGAACACUGACUGUGCCUCUCUGAGAUGAAGUAUGUGUGGAUGAGUGAAUCCUUCAAAUAGGAAGCCUUAAAAACUUUAUUUACACUUUAGCCCAGUGGUGUGUGUGUGUGUGCGCGCUGGUGUGAGUAUUUGUGUGCACAUACUUGUAUGGAGUUGUUUGUGUGUACUUGAGAGAGUGCAAGUGCUUCCAUGAUGUUUUUGAACACAUGCUUGCACAGAGAUCCUGUGCUAAUCAUUUUGUGAAUCCGGCAGAUACAGUUCAUACAAAUCAUGUACAGUUAUAAUGUCUCAUGAUUAUUCAGUGUGAAUAUGAUCAAGAGUCAAAUAAAUAAUGAAAGUAAAA